AUGGCGGCUCCGCCGCCGCCUGCGGCCGGGCCGGGCCCGGGACCUCCCUCAGCGCCCCCGGGGCCGGGUCCGGCAGCGGGGCCCGGAGCGGGGCCGGGACCGCCCCCCGGGGCCGCGCAGGGCCCCGCGCUACCCGCGCAGGCGGCGGCGGCGCAGGCGCAGGAUUUUGAUCCCGUCCAGCGCUUUCGGCUCCUGCUGCCGCAGCUGAAGGAGAGCCUGCAGACCCUGAUGAAAGUGGCCGCUCAGAACCUGGUGCAGAACUCCAACAUCGACAACGGGCAGAAGAGCGCUGACGGGGUCCUGCAGCGCUUUGACAAGAGCCUGGAGGAGUUCUAUGCCCUGUGUGACCAACUGGAGCUGUGCCUGCGCCUGGCCCACGAGUGCCUCUCGCAGAGCUUCGACAGCGCCAAGCACGCCCCGGCCCUGGUGCCUGCAGCCCCCAAGGGCGAGGGGGGCCCCGGGGGUGAGACCCUGCCCUACACCCAGUACCUGCCCCUGAUCAAGGCGCAGAUCGCGGGCGCCAAGGACAUCCACAAUGCCCUGCUCGAGGGCACCAACAAGAUCACGGGCAAGCUGCCCCCACCAGGGGGGCCCUGAUGGGU